AAACAUUCUUUUUCAUUCUCAAAUGGCUCAUAGUCUUGAAACUCAGUAACACUGUCUCCGGCAACCUUUGUGGUACUUUUUCCUUUCAUUGUUCCGCUGUGUGCCCUCCAAUUUCUUUUAGUUCUGACAUUUCCAAUUUUCGCAUAUUUGUCUCAAUUAAUUGGCGACCUUUUUCCUCCUUCAUCUAUGGAUCUCUCAGACACUGAACCUGUCACUCCAACUAGUUUUAAGGAUGAAAAAGAAUCCUUGAAGAAUGAGUCUGCAAUUGGCAGCAAUGCUUAUAAGGAUGUGGCAAAGGAUAAAACCUCUGAUCUUCAACCUGUGCCACCUCACUCUUCUGGUCAAGGUUUGCCAUAUGCACCUGAAGGGUGGCCUAAUGCUGGUGAUGUAUGGGGCUGGAAAGUGGCGGCAAGGAGUUCCAAGGUUGGAUAUUUUACCGAUAGAUACCUUAUCCCUCCACCAUCUCUUCAGAAGGGUUCUCGCAGGAUAGAGUUUUCAAGCAAGACUGCUAUCCAGAGAUAUCUUCAAUCAAAUUUUCCUAACAUGGAACCUGAAGCAUUCUUCGCUUUGUUUACCUGGCAGAUUCCCUCAGCUGCUCAAACCCCCACAAAAGUACAAGAUGAUGAUACUGGCACCCGAAGAAAGUCGAACCGGAAAACAAAAAGUAGCGGCGGCCCGGCUAAAAGAAGCGGCGGUGCGGCUAAAAGUAGGGGUCGCCCGACUAAGAAAAGCUCCGCCCUAGUUCCUGUCGGCUCCCUUGUAACACCUCUACAAGUUGCAGAUUUUGAUGCUUAUCUUGAUAACUUGGAGGACAUGCUUGAUAUACCUGUUAUUGAAACGGCAGCAUCAGAUCACCCUACUAAUGCUACUGCAUUGGAUAUUGAAACAAUAGAGUCUUGCAAGAAGAAGCUUUCUUCCCUUCUUGCUCUAGAUUUCGCUUCAUUGAUCAAAAGCAAUGAUGUUGCAGAAGUUGCUACACUUGCAUCGCAGAUUCGUGAAGAUCCCAAUCUCACUGUUGAUCAUCUGUUUAAGUUAAAAUUGGUGGAACAAGUUCCCUUGGCUGGUGAAACCUUCCUUGAGGCCAUGGGGAGCAUUGAAGAGGCAGACAAAGCCAUGGCUGAGCUAGAGGCAAAGAAACUCAAAAUUCCCAGUCUCAAAAACGAGUACAACGAUUUGAAAGAAAAACUGUCUGAGACAGAAGCUGAAAUGGACAUAAGUGCUUUAUCUAUCAAAGAAAUUGAUGAUGAAAUUCAGCAACUUCAAGCAAAACGGAACAGGAUAUCCGGUGCCCUUGAAACCAUGCAGAAGGAUAAAGAUAAGAUCACUUCUGAGCUAUCAAACGUUGCCAACUCAAUCUCAACCCUUGUUCAUGAGAUUCAGUCUGGAAUGUCCCAGAAAUCAAAAUGGGAUCUGAAGAAAGCCAGCAAUGUCCGACGUGUAGCUGAGAUACAAGAAAAGUUCGUGACUUUAAGAGGGUUAACAUUUUAAUCAAACACUUGUGGAGUUUCUGGUUGUGUUCAGAACUCUUUAGGAUGGUAACUAUCUAUGGCAGUGAUAUAUGUAAUAUAUGUAGGUAUGUUUCUAACUAAAUGGGUCUGCAUCUGUUGGAGGCUUUGUGAUAUGUGGUAACUUCUGUAGUUAAGUUAAAACUGCAUAAUCACUUGUUUUGCUGACCCCUUUAUUUUAA